UGACGUGUUUUCGGCGCGACCUACUUCAACACAAAGCAGCUUCGUGUUUUCGUCUCCAAACCCCCGCAUUUGUUUUUAUACUAAAACGUCAUGCUUCAUGCAAACAUUUUGCCUGUCGUGGGUUUAUAUGUUAGCUAAAUUUCUGCAGGACGUCGAUUUGUUCUCUCUUUUUUUGUUAUUGUUUAAAAUAUAAAGCCGUCGUAUUAAUUAUCAGGAAUGUCUCAACCAACACAAACGUCGCUGCCCGCCGCCCCUGACAGCCCCGCGCUGGUGGUCACAGCGAACGUGCAGAAAUUCGCCGUGAAGAAAAAGAAAGUUCUCACCGCAGAAGAAAGUGAGCUGUUCGAGCUGACCCAGGCUGCAGGCAUCACGGUGGACCAGGAGGUGUUCAAGAUCAUGGUGGACCUGCUGAAGAUGAACGUGGCCCCUCAGGCAGUUUUCCAGACCCUGAAGGCGAUGUGUGCGGGUCAGAGAGUGGCAGACGGCUGUGGCGGCGAGUCCUCAACCGCCUCCCACGCGGCGAGCGCCAACACGGCACCUCCAGAGCCCAGAGAAGAAGAGUCUUUGGUUUCCGGAAAGAACCCUAAAGCACCUUCAGCGCCCCCCCCGGGGUCCGGCCCCAGAGCCCAGAAAGCCAACACGAAGAUCGUGGUGUACAGCCCCCAAGACACUAACUCUUCUCACGCUCAAGCUGUUCGCAGUAAAUCCGGAGCGACUUUCAAUGAGAAGACCUCCAGCCAGCGGGUGCAGCGGCAGCCCAGCGCCACUAGAGGGCAGAAGACCAAGAGUUCGGGCAGCAGUAGCUCCUCCUCUCAGGUCAACUCCACAUGAGAAACGUCCUAAAAUCCCUGCAUGUUUUACUGUGAAAAGUCAUGUUUGUUGUGCCUUGUGUUUGACAUUUUCGUAUUUUCAUUCCAAACAAAACUGCUGUACAGACUGCAAAAUAAAAUAUUUUUUAAAAUUGA